AUGCAUCCCGCGGCGGAAAGCAAGGAUGCAGACCCUGUGCAGCACUCCGACCCAGCAAACUCAGCCGAGGAUUCCUCUCAUUCCUCCGCCCCAUCCAUGGACCUUGUAGCUUCCACCGAGAUAGCCGCUGGAGGUCCUAAUGCACCUGGAAAGCACAUGAGCUUCUUCCGCGGAGUUCAAUGGACUCCUGACGGCACUACGCUGAUCGCCUCAACGUCGGACAACCGGCUAUCGGCCUACGUGCUACCGGCAGACCUCCUCGACCCCAAUGGCCGGCCCCGGCUGUUGACACCGCAGGGCCAACUGCAGCUUCCGGAGCCCUUCUACUCGGCGGCCGUGUCACCCUACUUCUCCUUGGCCGACCCGCAAACCCAGCUUGCACUUCUCGGCUGCAAAGACCACCCUAUUCAGCUCUACCACGUCUUUGCAGACUCACAGUCUUCGCCUCCACUGUGUUCCUACAAGCUCAUUCGGCGGGAGACGGAGGAAUAUAUCUGCCCCGAGUCCCUCUUGUGGUCCUGGCCUGGGACCCAUUUCCUAGCCGGCUCAACGAACCGCCUCGACCACUUUGACGUAUCACGGACCGGCUCUGAUGGUCCCAUCUUGACCAUCCCUACCAUUCCCUCCAAGCGGCAUCUUCUCAAAGGUGGCGGCGUUGGCAUGAAAGGAAUGGUCUCUGCGCUGUCAAGCCAGCACCCGGACGAGGCUGGGGCUUCCAUCGUCGCCGCGGGCACCUGGUCCCGCUGGAUGGGUCUAUACGACGUGACUCGCACAAAUAAAGCAGUUGCGAAUUGGAGCAUUCAGGGCGUUGCCAAGUCUCACUUCGGCCGAGAUAAUGGGGGUAACGGCAUUGUCCAAACUAUAUGGAGCCCUUGUGGACGCUAUCUGGCCGUCAACGAGCGCCAAGCAAACGGCAUUCUUAUUUACGACGUGCGAGGGACUGGCCAGCCUCUGAGCCUCCUCGUUGGCCGGACAUCCACCAACCAACAACGACUGUCAUGUGAUGUCUUCCCUGAGAGCGGUGACUCGGCCGGUGGUUUCGAGCUCUGGGCGGGGACGCAGACUGGGGAGGUUCUUGUGUAUGAAGCCGUCGGUUGCGUAGACGGCGUUCAUGAAAAGUCAUGGGAUUGGGCCGCGCAUCAGUCACCCAUUGGCAGCUCAGGGGUCCACCCCACGGGAUCGGUAAUCGCCACUUGCUCUGGUGGAUGGACCAGCCACGGCGAUGCUGAGUUGGAUGAUGGCCUGGGUGCCACGGGCAACGACGGCCAGCCUCGUCUGGCAUCAACGUGCAUCACUACUGAAUCUUCACUCAAAGUCUGGACGUUGGCACAAAAUGCACUGGAUCAGUCUGCUAAUAACCCAGUGGCCUCGUGA